UCCGAUCGCCUGCCUCCGUAUUUUUACCAAAUUCUAAAGCUGAAUAUUCUAGCUGUUUUCUUGUCAUAUCACGCAUUAUGGAGAAAGGGAAAUCGUCUUGGGAUAGCUCAAGAGUAAGGCUUCGGACAGCGCAUGAAUCUUGGAUGACACAAAGGGCAAUUUUUGUAAAAGAGAGUGGAAUAAGAAGCAACUACGACGAAGAAUUUGCGCAUCAUCUCUUGCGGCAACAUGGUGCGAUGUGCACUAGUAUAACCAAACCAUGUACCCCUUCCGCCGAACUAUCAGGGCGGACAAGAGGCACCGCCGGCACCAGCGAUGCUGUGAGUGUGAGUGGCUCUGCCUCGAGCUCUGGCUCUGCCCCUGGGCUUGGCUGUGUCACUGAGAGUGGUGGUGGUAGAUCUAAUUCUGAUGUUGGAGCUCAACCUCAACUUCAAGUCGCUGAGCCACCCCAGGCUCAAGUUAUUAGGGAUCCUCCUCGACUCACUCCUAUAAAGAUCCGGAGUGAACCAGCCCACCGAUCACAGCAUGCCGAUGCAAUGCAGGAAGAACCAGCCGGUCCUUCAAUUCACUUUGCCCCUGCUGUCAGCUCUACACCAAAAGAUGUAGCUCCAUCUGACGAACCCACUGAAGGUUGUAUUUUCCCUGCACCUGCAGCUUCUGGUUUGUCUAAAUCCAGUUCAAGGAAGAAAUUGUUUGCCUCUGUUCCUCUGCUAGAUCAUACAUACUUCAGGGAACCCUUAGACUUUCCAGAUUCAGACUCGGAGGAUAGUUUGAAUUAUGAAGAAUUUCCUGCUGAGAAUGCACAGAUAACAUCAACUGUACCACAGCAAGGAGUGGAUCGCGCAGAAGACACUCCAGAAUAUGUGUUUGAGGAACAUUUUCUGGAUGGCCUGGAUGUCAACGUUUUUGACCUAAAUCUUGGAGCUGAGGAAGAUGUUGAGGAUUUCACUGGAGAAGAGGACAGUACUGAAGAAGAGGAUGAGAUAGAAGCAAGAGCACACAUCAGUGCACCGAAGUGCAUCGCUUAUGUGGAUCGACUGGUAGAUUUGUUAAGAAACAUUCAUGGGGAGCGAUGCAAAAAGUGCAAUUCAAGGCUCCAAUACAACACUGUGCAGAAAGGAACAGCUCUCCUAGUAAAAUGGGAAUGUAAGAAUCGUCAUGGAAGUUCGUGGAGUUCCCAACCGAAAUUCCGUGGCAUGUUUUCUGGCAACCUCCACGUAUCAGCCUCACUUUUAGCAUCUGGGAACAGUUUCCAGAAGAUUGCAACAAUGGCAAAGUUUACGAACUUGUACUUUCUAUCGAGGACCCAUUUUACUAACAUCCAGAAAUUGUAUGUUGCGCCAGCAAUCAACGAGUUCUACGCAAAGAAACAAGAAGAACUAUUUGAGAUGUACAGGGGGCGUGAUGUGGUUCUGUCUGGUGAUGGUCGUGCAGAUUCUCCAGGAUACAGCGCGAGUAUGAUGACAUACUCCUUCUGUGAUGAGGAGGAGAAGAAGAUACUACAUACAACAACUGUACUUGUGCAGGAGGCAGGGGGUAAAUCGCCAAACAUGGAGCGAAUAGGCUUUGAGCGGGGCCUAGACUAUGUGAAGAGCAAGAUUAAUGUCACCUGUGUUGUCACGGAUGCCCACCCACAGAUAGCCGCACUAAUGAAACGAACAAAAAAAUAUGAGUCAAUCCAACAUCAAUGGGAUAUAUGGCACGGGUGCAAGAACUUGAUGAAAAAAGUGAGCAAUGUGUCGCAGCAGAAGGGAUGCGAAGAUCUUCAGCCAUGGGUACCAAAGAUAUCGAACCACUUUUGGUACUCUGCCAAAACAUGCGACAGAGAUGUGGCAAAACUUGCUGGGAACCUGAAUGGGAUGCUGCAUCAUAUAGUUGAUGAGCAUGAGUGGCUUUUCACUACUGAUGACAGACCGGGAAUGUGUCAGCAUGGAGAGCUCAUGGAAGAGAGGGAAACGGCUUGGUUGAAACCAGGGAGUACCCCUCACGUUAAACUGUAUGACAUACUUCAUGACAAGCGGUUCAUGAAGACACUAAAGUACUAUACUGAUUUCAGGCAUACUGGUAGCUUGGAAGCUUUCCAUUCGACACUCCUCAUGUACGCUACAAAGCGAAGUUUCUUCACAAUGGUAGGCUACAUCAGCAGAGUGAAGCUUGCUGUCCUCGACACUAACUUUCAUGCGAACAGGAAGCAAGCCACAACCAAGGAUGGCAAGUUAAAGUGGAGAAGGAAGUACAACAAACGCUCCAAGAAGUAUGUGGUUGUUCCGGUUCCAGAGCCCAAAUCGUAUGCCUACAUGCCUGAUCUCAUCACUGCCAUCUACUCAAAGCGAGCAACAACACCUGGUCAUAUUUCCCAGCACGUUUCCAUGGCGGAAGAUGAUCCUAGACGUGUCCAUCCCACCAUCUCGAUGAAGAGGCCAGAACCAACGGAAGAGCUUGUAGUCAAGCAUCAGAGCCGCUUUGCAUUGAAUGAGCAAUGCCCUGGAGAUUAAAUUGGAGUCUUGUUAGCACUGCUGAUUCCAUUUUUCUCCAUACAACUAUUGACUUGAAAUAAACUUCAUUGGUUGAUAUGCAAGUAAUUUUUUGCCUGUGCUACACAUUUGAAAUAUCUGAAUUGAUUUUGAGGAAGACAGACUCAAAUUAAUUUCUUCAUUGUUCACAGGAUCCUUGUCACAUUUUAUGAAUUUUUCAUUCAAAUUGUUUUUUUUCAUAUUCUCUUCAAUUAAGACUGCAUUGUAAUAGUAUUUUUAUUGAAGUGUUUUCAUUUACAAUUUAAAGUGUCAAAUUAGUUUCAAAUUUAACCAUGUCUCAAGUGCUCCUUGUCAAGCCAAGUUUGUUCUUGUCAAACUGCCCCCCCACUUCCAGAUUU